CUGCUUUUGGUGUAGCUUCAAAAGUGUGUGAACUUCACGUUGUUGUAAGAUUAGAACUUAUAACCUCAGAGAUACAAGUCAUCUUCUGGUGGACUGAGAUACUGGUCUUGAUGCUCUUACUCUGAAUUUGGUUUCUUGGUCAGUUUUCCAAAAAUGAAUUACGAGGAGAAACAGUUUGAUACUUCAUAAUAUGCUAUGACUGGGCUGCCCCAACGAACUUCACCACAGAUGGGAUCCGAAACCACAUUUCCUGGCGUAGGAAGCCAAGUAACUGGUGGUCUGAUGUUUAAUUAUUACAAUACUGGGGAAUUAUUACAUUAUCAGGACCUGCGAAAUGAAGGAUAACCUGAUAAUGUAAUAAGCUCCCGUUAAUGUAAUACUUCUACACCAGUUUUAGUCAGUUUAGUCAGUUAAGUGUUAGUGAAAUAUUAAUAGACUAAUUAACUAUUUCUAUAAUUGAGUAUUUGGUUUGUGGACAAAUGAAGACAUUUUCCGGCCAUUUCCUGUCAAUAAUUAAUGAACUAAUUAAAUAGAAAAUAAACGAACAAUCUGUCGAUUAUGAUGAUAGUUGUGCGUUGCAGCCCUAAAAUCACCCAUGAUCUACAUUUGCGUGCUAUUGUAACCAGUAAUACUGCAGGCUGGUUGUGAGGCUUUCAGAGUAAACACAAACUGCUGCGGCUCUUUGUGAAGCAUUUAAAACGAGGCACAUGACGAGAAGACAAACACAACCGGGCAAACAUCUCUUCACCGUCUUGUUUACGUGUGAAGCUGCAGCAAGCGAAGAGUUUUCGGUGAGUUUUUCUUUUUUAAAAGCUGUAUUUGCAUUUUGUAAACAGGGCAAGUUAAGAUGACCGUUGUUGUUGUUGGAUUUGAAAUCUAUCUAUUCCCAGUGAAACGUCGUCGUAACUUGGUUGGAGAUAAUCUUGCUUUAUCUGAGGUCUCAUCGCUCAAAGAUGCCGCACAGGGGACACUUUCAAGGGACACGUCACUGCACAGGUUUCUAUUAUUGUGACAUCUCUGGAGAUGGCAUGCCUAUCUAGUGCCAGCUUUCCUUAGCAGGGCAGAGCGGCUGCCAGGAGAGGAGAGGAGAGGAGAUUUCAGAUAACUGCUGGAGGAGGGAGGGGCUGUGCUGGGAAAAGCAAGUGCGCAGUUAGAAAAUGCUACGGAGGCGGGAGGGUGUAUGACGACUGACUAAUUGUGUUUCAAAUUGGGUCUUUGAGUGCACAGUGGGGAAUGGGAUUGCACUGAGCUCCCCGCUGAAGCACCCAAGGAUGAGAAAGUUGUCGGAUUUGUAGGUCAGGCUGCAGGGGUUGUCGUUAGGCAGAUUCGCUCGCAGCUCCACACAUCACAUCAGUUUGAUUGUGAUGGUGAGUGUGUGUUUUAAGUUAACAGCACCUUGUUACUCAGUUUUCAUUAAACAUUCAACAUUCUUUCUCCUCUUCUCUGUUUAUACUGGAACCUUUAUCUGGCCGUGCAGUAAAUGUUGUGUUAAAAUAUUAAUUGAUUUCACAGUCUAAGACAGAGCUGUAGGAGUAUCCUCAUCCCAUCUGGAGCUCAUCAGAGCCUGACCCGGUUUCGGCUGUGCUACGAUAGCGCGUGGCUCCACUGGGACCUGGCCCCUCCUCGAGCUGACAAAGAGAAGAAGGCCACAGCCGACCCAUCCAACCCCAAUCUGACACAACCAGAGCCUCACAUCACCUAUUCCUGCCUCACACUGCCUGAUCCAAAAACCUAAAAGUUGCUUACAGUACAACUCCUCCUUCCUGCCGUCCUUCCUUCCUUAUAGUAGGUUAUUUAGUCUACCUUCUUCCAUUUUGGAAAGGGCUUCCGGGUAUAUUGUGCCCUACAAAAAAAAUAAUUAUCUUAUCUCCCUAAUUCCCAAUUAUUAUGCACAGGCUUAAAAAAAAAGAAAGAAAAGGAUUAGAUCAUGUUGCCGUUUUGUUAGCUGCACAUGUGGAUGUGACGCCCGUCCUCUGCUGCAGUGAGCGCGGCCCUGCACAUGGAUGAAGUGGAGGAGGAAGGAGCACGCCGAGGCUGUCAUGUAAGCUGUCUCCUCUGGGGCCACCGCGCGGUGUGCACUGCUUCCUGCCGCCUGAGGUAGAAGCGUCAGUGUUUCUGCUGCUGAGGCGUCACACUCUCGUCCUCCUCUCUGUCCCUGUGAGAAGGCAGCAGCGCUGAAAUGGAGAAGAUCUGCUCAGAGUGCGCCGAGCCAACGCUUGCACAGAGUCUGUGUACGCUCUGCAACAAGUGGUUAUGUUACCAGUGCACAGACGUGCAUCAGCACCAGAGGCCUGCAGCCGCCGCUCCGUACGCAGACCUGCACCAGCAGAGGCCCAGCGCUGCCCCGCGUUCUGAGCAGCACCAGAGAGGCGCCGGUUCGAUGCCGCCGACGGGACAAGGCCCAGGGUCGUAUCCUUGCUCCCUCCUAAUGUGCCACUCUCACAGACAGGAGCCCUUGGAGCUGUUUUGUGAGUCAUGUGACCUUCUGUGCUGCAGCAGCUGUCACCUGUCCUCCCACAAAAACCACAGAGUGGUGCCGAUCGGGAAGGCGCUGCAGGAUCAGCAGUGGCUGUUUGAGAGUCUGACGGUGCAGGUGGACGAGAGGAGGUCUGCGGUGGAGAACAGUGCGAAAGAGAUCGAGGGCAGACUCCACGGCGUAAAGAUCGCUCACAGGAAGGCAGAGAACCAGAUUAAAAUGGCAAAGAUGAUUAUGAUGAACGAGCUUAACAAACGAACCAACCUAUUAAUAGAGCAACUGGAGAAAAUCUCCGAGGACUUCCAGCAGCGUCUGGACGACCAGCUGCAGGGGGCGAUAGAGACGUGCGGCCAGCUGGACCACGUCCAGAAGUUCAUCACCUGGGCUACGACCCACCAUCGCAGAGGCCCGGUGCUCUUCAGCAGGGCUCUGAUUUCACUCCAGAUGCAGCAACUGCUCGAGCCUCCUCUCCACUCAGACUCUUGGAGUCCGGUCAAGAUCAAAUUCAACUGGGACGCAAGUUACUGGAUGAAGCAGAUCUCCACUUUGGGCCAGCUGACUGCUGAAGGAGGGAACUGCACUUUUCCUCCGGCUUUGUCCUGCUCCAGUAUCCUGAGGCCUCAGCCCAUCACCUGCUCGGCGCUGCCGCCUGUGUUCCACAGACGAGAGCCGGGCUGUGGGUACCAGGCCUGCUGCGAGCCACAGAGGUGCUGCCUGCACGCCGUUUCCUCGCAGCAAGAUCUUUCCAGUCUGGACAAAAACCAAGCAGAGGCCGCGCUCUAUAACUCCAGCUGUGUUCAGCCUUCUCUCUUCUCUGCACCCCUGCACCAGAGCCAGCAGCUCCAGAGGUGCUGGGAGACAGAGGGCUCCUCACACUGUCCUCCUCCUACAUCGCCCGUCCCAUUCAACUGCAGUCGAGGAUCUGCGUCCCAGCCACAGGCUCCUGACUCCCACUCCCACUCAAAAUCUUAUCCUUCCUAUCACCACCACCACAGAGAGAUUCUUCCAGAGCAAAGUGCAGACUGUGGCAGGCCAGCGCAGUAUCAGGGGAAGCUGAGCUGCACAGCUGCUGCAGACAGAGGUGUGGUGGCUGAAGAGAGCUGGGAGGAGAGCUGCACAGUGGAGGAGGCCGGUGGUCGCACAGAGCAGGAGGACGAGGACCUGCAGCAGGUCAGGGAGGAGCAGAGUCCAGCCCAGCAGCAGCAGCGCUGUGUUACGCCUGCAGCAGAGCUGAGGAAAGAGCACCAGAGGCCCAGACCUGCACUGACACUGAGUGACCAAAGGCAUGGCAGGAGAUCCACAUCCCUGGAGGUGUCGGUGACAGCACACGACGGUGCGUCUGAUGUGCAGAGCAGCAGCAGCAGGCUCAGCCCGAGUUCGGCGUGCGCGAGGAGGAAGAGACGUUCCCAGAGCAUCCCGGCAGAACUGGCAGCCGCCUCCGCCAGCCCCUGCACCGAGAGACCCGCAGGAUGCAGCCUAGCGGCAGGAGCCGCAAACAAGUUUGUCACUGUGGAUCCCAGACAGAGGAGAGCAUCGGACGGGGUGCUUUGUGUCGUCAAGGAGACGGCAUCCGUCGUGUCCGCCAAAGUCCACCGGUCUCCUCUGCUGUGUUAUAAGACAGAACCAGAUUACUCAUUCACUUAUGUAAAUGAAGAGAUCAAUUGCGAGGUCAAGGAGAAGUGCAGGAUGUCGAGGAGCAGUCACGGCAGAAACUCUCAGAAGGACUCACUGAGGCCCAGAGUGCCGGUGGUUUGCUUAGAGCGUCUGAAAAUCCUCGUCUCGCAGCUUCCCCCGCAUGGACGACGACAGAGCGACCCUUUACCUGCCGGCGCGAUGGAGAGGAGCGAAACUCUACCACAGCAGAAAACCUGGCAGGGCGUGAAGCCUCGAAUAUGUGGAGGCUCUGAGACCAGGAGGAACACCCAGUCGCUCACGGCGCCGCCGUACGCAGCCGAGCGCCAAACUCAGACUCCAUCCACCGCGCUGUCGCCCAACACUGACUUUGACACUCGAGGGAGAUUCAUCCCCUGUAGAGCAGGAGCCUCCGUGGACCCUAAAUACGCACCACAGAGUUACUCCGUGCUGGAUAUAGACUCUGAUUCUACUCUUAGGUCGUUCUCAGAGAACACAGCAGUUUCUGGGCCUGAUCCAGAACCACGGGUAGACCCAGACUCAGACCCGGAGUCUGACCCAAAUGCAGAGUCCUCAUCGGAGGCUGAACUUGAAUGUGUGGCUGAGGAGAAAUCAGUGGCUGCCGGUGAGAUGGGGCUCUGCAGUGAGACUGAUAUUGCAGGGGAUUCAGAGCCAAGUCUGGAAUAUGAGGAAGACCCAGAAUCAGAUGCGGAAGUGGGGUCAGAGGAUGAUCAGGGACUGAACGCUGAUGCAGAAUCAGGCGACGCUGAAUCCGAGUCUGACAUUCAACUCGAGUAUGACCCCAGUUUUCCGGCUGAGACUUACUCUGACGUUGCGCCUGAUCAGCCUCCGGACUACCAGGGCUCUGUGGAGUCUGAGCUCGACGCAGAAUCCGAACCCGACGUGACGACCGAUGACCCACAGCCGCUUCGCUCUGACCUGGAAGAGGAAUCCCAUAUUGGACGCAGUCCGAGGCCGCUCCUGAUCGCGAACCCUGCACCUCAGAGGGGGACAGAGGACAUUCAGGACGACGAGCAGGACAACGCAGAGAUGGAGAGCGAAGACUUCUGUGCUGUGUGUCUGAUCGGCGGCGACUUGCUGUGCUGUGACCGCUGUCCCAAAGUCUUUCACCUUUCCUGCCAUGUCCCGUCUCUGCUGAGCUUCCCGUCCGGCGACUGGGUGUGCAGCCUGUGCAGAGACGCUCUGCAGCCGGAGGUUGAGUACGACUGUGAGAACGAGAGAACAUCUGGAGAAGAGAACCUGGCACGUGGACUGUCUGCAUGUGACCAGAGAAAAUGUGAGCGGCUGACUCUUCUGAUCCUCAGUAACAUCCUGAGUGCGCCCUUCCAUGAGCCCGUCAGUCCACUCGCUCGACAUUAUUACCAGAUCAUCAAGAGGCCGAUGGACCUGUCUGUGAUCAGAACCAAACUCCAGAAGAAAAGUUCUCGACACUACAACUCCCCCGAUCAGUUUGUCGCCGAUUUCUAUCUCAUGUUCCGCAACUGUGCAAAGUUCAAUUACCCGGACUCUGAGGUGGCCCAGGCAGGACGCAGCCUCGUGGCGUUCUUCGCUGCCAGGCUGAAAGACGUUUUCCCGGACAGAGUUUUCCCCGCGGCCGAGGCGGAUUCUGACAGCGACGAGUACGACGAAGCCUACAGGGCGGCGGAGAGCGGCUUCCCCUGGCCUGAGCGGAGGGAGCAGAGCCACAGGAAGAGGAAACGGAGAAACUCUCUCAAGUCGAGGAGACAUCACUUCUAAGCGGAGGUGAAUUGGAUGCAGCUACAAACACAAUUCAUGCCUGAAUGUAUUGAAACAAUACUUCUUCCUCUUAUUCUUCUACUUCUUAUUCCACCGUUUUUUUUUGCCUGUUAACUAGUUCCACACUCGUCAACAUAGACAGAUAGCUCAGUUAGGGCAUUAUUCAGUCCAUUUAGAACCUAAACUACCAGAACGUAGAAAAAUGUGUCUAGUUUCAUACACUGGAACUACCAAAGCACACUGACUUACUGAGUGAGAGGAGAACCAUCCAGCUUCAAUAAAACCUGACCUCUCCAACUCCAAUUGUAAAACUGCCGUAUCUCAGGCACUUUUGACUCUUUGAAUCUUCACAAAAACCUACAUCAGGGUCUUUCAGCAAAGCCUUGUGACAGCAAUACAAAAACUAAGGUCUUUGCUUUACAAUGAGCAGUUUGGAAGGUGCUUCAGUGGUGCUCUCUGUGUGACACACGCAGCUGAUUCAGAUCAGCCGAUUAGACUGCUCACAGGUAAACACAGCAACACAGUGACAGCGAAUAUUCAGCUCAUUUAGGACGUCAUAGUGUUUAAAUCCACCCGUCCUCCGUGAACGUUCACAGUAGUGUUCGACUUCAUGUGAAAAUAUGUGUAACACAGUGAGUUAGCGUCUUCCUGUGCAAUAGUGUUGUUCACAACGCGAGAUUUCAUUUUUGCGAUCACCGCGACAGCCCCUAAUGGAUGUAUUCAGAUUUGUGGAUAUAUUUCCUUCUUUCGGUCCCUCGUUUUGCACAAAUUUUCUUCUUUCUCAACAUUCAGACACUCCGUUAGAAAGUUGAUCUUCAACGCAGCGUGCCAGAUUGGCUUCAGCUCGGGCAGACGGCAGCAAUACCACUGUCAUUUGUUCAGAAAUUGCCUUUUCUCUCGAUGAUAUCAUUGUAGACUUAAAUUGAUCACAGGAGCGGAGAAUGUUAAAGUUAAGAUUAUAUAAUAAAGGCAAUAUAUUUGGAGAUAUAUCAGUUUGUUGAGUUGCUUCUGAUUAAAACGACGUGGUGUUACGAUAUUAUGUCUCAUUAUGAACGUUGAUCAUUUGAAAUUAGGUUUGACGGCACAGGAAAUGUCUUUCUACGUUUACAAUCAGACCUGUCGUUUCUGUAUAAUGUACAAAGAAGAUGUCGUGGUUGGAUGUUCAUUAAUCUCACUUUGCGUCAUUGUUACUAUUAUUAAAAAUAGUACUUUAUUGAGCACUUUGGAAUAAGUAAAUUUAGUAUUAAGUGCACAGAAGUUUAUUUCACAGUAUUUGUCACUUUAUUUGUGAAAUAAUUGCAGGUGAUCGUCAUAGGCCUGAUUAACAACUCAACUAUGUGUCUUAGUGGCUGUGUUUUGAAAAGCAGCAGUGAAUCAUGUUUUAUUUGGAACGUGAAAGAGGGAACUUAUG